CACUUUCCUCCCUCCCUCAGAGGCAUAACGGAACAGACAGUCCCUCUGGCAUCCAGCCGUCUGCACGCUGCUUCAUUUCUGCACACACCAGCUCCGGGCGAGAGCCUAGAAGGGGUGUUGGAGAAAUUGAAAGGCGUCCAGAGAGGGCCUCCAGGGAACGGCUCCAUCACAGAAGAGAGAUCACCACAGAAUGGGAAAAUCUGAGAGCCAAAUGGAUAUCAUGGAGAAGACAACUAAACCCAGGAAGCACCGCUGGACCGUAGUGGAGAUCGGCUUGUCCAUUAUCUUGCUGCUGAUGAGCUGUGCUCUGGCUGGACUGGUCGUGCUCUAUGCUUCUUCACUGAAGGAAUACUCCUUUAGAAAUGGACAUUCAAAAGGGCUACAGUAUCACGUUGCCCCUGACAGCAGUGUGUGCACGACCCCUGACUGCGUUACUGCAGCUGCAAGGCUGCUGCAGAACAUGGACCCCAGCGUUGACCCAUGCCAGAACUUUUACCAGUACGCCUGUGGAGGAUGGCUGGAGCGGCAUGUCAUCCCCGAGACCAGCUCGCUUCACAGCGUCUUCAACAUCCUGAGGGACGAGCUGGAAAUUGUGUUAAAGGGGAUUCUGGAAACGGAGAGUGAGCGUGACCGUCAGGCUUUUAAGAAGGCUAAAAUGCUCUACAGAUCCUGUAUGAAUGAGAGUGUAAUCGAGCAGCGCGACUCUCAGCCCCUCCUGAAGCUCAUUGACAGUAUUGGCGACUGGCCCGUGGCCUCGGAGGACUGGAACAGCACAGCAGAGGAAACCUGGAGGCUGGAUGAAACCCUGGCGACCUUAAAUGCUCACUACAACAAGAAGGUUUUGCUGGAAAUGUUUGUGUGGCCUGACGAUCGAGACUCUAGUCGUCACAUCAUUCACAUUGACCAGCCAUCACUUGGAAUGCCCUCCAGAGAUUAUUACCUCAAUGAUGGAAACUACAAAAAGGUGCGUGAGGCCUACCUGCAGUUCAUGGUUUCCAUGGCGAAAAUAGCGCGGGAGGACAGGAACCUGACCCAAGACGAUGAGCAUGUGUGGGAUGAAGUGAAGCAAGUGAUGGAGCUGGAGAGAGAGAUAGCUAAUGCCACAUCUCCAGCUGAGGAGCGCAACGACAUCACUGUCCUGUACAACAAGAUGACCCUGCGAGAACUGCAGGACACCUUUGGUCUUGAUGGUUUUAACUGGACCCGCUACAUUCAGGGCAUCAUGGAAAGCGUUUCCAUCGUAGUGAACCCAGAGGAACCCAUCGUGGUGUACUGUUCACCAUACCUGGACAAGCUCAACAAUAUACUGCCUCGAUAUGACCGCAGGACUGUGCAGAACUACUUGGUGUGGAUGCUCCUGAUGGAAAGGGUCAGCAGCCUGAGCCGGCGCUUUAAAGAUGUGCGAGCUCACUACAGAAAGGCUUUACACGGCACCACCGUAGAGGAAGCUCGCUGGCGGGACUGCGUUCGUUACGUCCAGAGCAAUAUGGAGAAUGCAGUGGGGGCUUUGUAUGUGCGGGAGACCUUCGCUGGAGAGAGCAAGCGCAUGGUUGGUGAGCUGAUCCGAAAGAUUCAGGAGGCUUUUGUGGAAACAGUGGAAGAGCUGAACUGGAUGGAUGAUCAGUCCAAGGAGAAAGCCAGAGAGAAGGCUAUGGCUAUUUCAGAGCAGAUCGGCUACCCAGACUAUAUCCUGCAAGAGGAAACUCAGAAGCUGGAUCAGGAGUACACCCAUUUAAAUUUCAGUGAGGAGAGCUACUUCGAGAAUAUUCUGCAGAACCUUCAAGCUACUGCUCAGAAAGGUCACAAGAAGCUGCGGGAACCUGUGGACCCGGACUUGUGGAUCAUCGGUGCAGCUGUGGUCAAUGCGUUCUACUCUCACAACAGAAACCAGAUAGUGUUUCCUGCUGGGAUUCUGCAGCCUCCUUUCUUCAGCGAAAAGCAGCUCCAGGCACUAAACUUCGGAGGCAUCGGGAUGGUGAUAGGACACGAAAUCACUCACGGCUUUGAUGACCACGGACGGAAUUUUGACAAAGACGGGAACAUGUACAACUGGUGGAGCAACUAUUCUACUGAACACUUCGAGGAGCAGUCGAAAUGCAUGGUGCAACAGUAUGGCAAAUUCACCUGGAAGCUUGCAGGAGGUCAAAAUGUUAGUGGCAUUACCACUUUGGGGGAGAACAUUGCUGAUAAUGGAGGAGUUCGGCAAGCGUAUAAGGCAUACAUGAAGUGGAUAGAAAGGGAAGGCGAGGAGUCUUAUCUUCCAGGUUUGGACCUGGACCAUAAGCAGCUCUUCUUCCUCAACUUUGCCCAGGUAUGGUGCGGAGCCUGUCGCCCUGAAUACGCCAUCCAGUCCAUUAAAACAGACCCUCACAGCCCUCUGGAGUACAGGGUGCUGGGGUCCCUGCAGAACUUUGAAGCGUUUUCCGAGGCCUUCCACUGCCAGAGAGGAGCUCCCAUGAAUCCGGAGGAGAAAUGCAGAGUGUGGUAGCUUGUGUCGUAUUUAGCGAAUGGUUUGCUUUCUUCACCAAGGCAGUAGCUGGGAAAUUCCUGACCUUUAAUGUUGUGUACGACUGGCGAUGAGCUGCCUUAUUGUUUUGUCUCUUGAGAGAGAGACAGAGAUUAUUAUGGCUACCUAGUUUUACAGGCAGGUACACACAGACAAGAGACACACAGACACCCCCCCCUUUAGAGGAGUUUAGCGGAGUUUAGCGGAGUUAAGAGGAGAUUAGCGGGUGUUUAAUUCACACUUUAUCACCUACCUAAGUGCAGUGUGCUCACAGUGAAGGUGGCAGUGUGAAAAGUGUGUUAUCACUUACAGUACGAAGUUGGUUUCUGAAGGUCUGGGAAAUGUGUUUGGGGAAAUUUAUCACACUGAAUUAAUUACAACAUCUGAAGCUGUUGAUGAUAUACAUAAUAUUAGUCACGAUAAAGAUCAGACAGAUUUAUUUUUAAAGAUUAUGUAAAUAGAUAAAUGCUGAAUGCUGGCUUUGACUGUGGACCUUUUGACGAGACCUUCAGAAAACGUUACGCAUUUUACGAAAUCCUUCUGCCAUCCAAAAAACAGGCUUUGAAGCCCACACAGUUUUUAAAUCCUAGCGAAUGUAUUGUGUCUCUUUUGGCAUGGAGCAGCUUUUAAAAAGGAUGUUGAGGUAGAAUAAAAUAUAAAAAGAAAAAGAAAAUAUAUGUUUGGUGGCAUCUUUUAUCAUAGGAAUAAAAUACAUUAUUUUAAAUUGAUAAAUAAAUGAUUAUAUAUGAAAAAAAAAUUAUAGAUAGAUACAGAGAUACAGAUUAGAUCUAUUUAAUAUGAAAAAUAUGAUCUGUAAAUGUAAGCUGUGUACCUCCAUCAGCAAUUGGAGCAAUUACCUGAAGACUUUAAGACUGUUAAAAAUAAUAUAAAAAAAUCUAUAUGUUUUUUUUAGAAGUUUUGCAGUAGGGAUAUUGUAAUGUGAAUAAUGUUCCUUCAUCUUUGAUGUAGUAGACAUGAUUUUACUGUUGGACAUAAGAUGCUGAUGUUUACGUACAUACAAUCAAGUUUUAUAUAUAUAUAAAUAUAUAUAUAGCUGAGCACCUCAAUAUAAAGGUUUCUUUCUGUAGCAGUUUAACAUGGCAUACACUUUAAACACAUGCAAAGACUUGCAGUUGUUGUAUGCUGUGCCUCUUUAGAGAGAAUCAGACUGAAGGCCUCUUGAAAAAACAUUAAAAAAGCUAGUUUGGUUUUGCCCCGCUGCUGUCAUAUUAGAGCAAUUCUGUAAAUAAUAAGCUGAAACGUGUCCACAGCUACUUCUACUACUGCUAAAACCCACAUAACAUGUGCCCCCAAAUGUCAGCUUCAGACAUGGAAGAGAAAAUGAUCUUAAUUUUCAGGUUAUUGUGAAAAAAAUAAUUAAAACGACUCCCAAGAUAAAACCUAAGCAAAAUACCAAUAAUUGUCAGAGCAGCCCAAACCAAACUAAUCAAAUUUUGGCUAUGUUCCCACAACAACACUAUACUAUAUUACUAUUUUAUGCGAUAUGCAGAUAUACAGGUGCAACUUAAAAAUAGAACAUUAUUAAAAGUUACUUUAUUACUGUAAUUCAAAAUGUAAAACUCAUAUAAUAUAUAGAUGUAUAACACACAGAGUGAUCUAUUUUAAGUGUUUAUUUAUUUUAUUGUUGAUAAUUAUGGCUUACAGCCAAUGAAAACACAUAAAAUUUGUACUUUUGGCAGUGUGGGCAGCGUGCCAAAUCCUGCUGGAAAAUGAAAUCCGCAUCUCCAUAAAAUUUGUCAGCAGAGGGAAGCAUGAAGUGCUUUAAGAGACUGUGUGUCUCUCCACUCCUCCUCCAGACUCUGCUCCCUUGAUUUACAAAUAAAAUGUAAAAUUUACUGAUGAUCAGUGAUGGUUUGGAGAGGCAUGUCUGUCAUCUGCUGGUGUUGAUCCACUGUGUUUUAUUAUCAAGUCUAAAGUCAGUGCAGUUUUGUUUUCCCACAAAAUCUUACAGCACUUCAUGCUUCCCUCUGCUACUGAUAACUUUUAUAGAGAUGUGGAUUUCAUUUUCCAGCAGGACUUGGCACACUGCCCACACUGCCAAAAGCACCAAUUGGUCUUAUGUAAUAUUGUAGUUUUCUAAAACACUGAUUUUUGGGGUUUUACUGGCUGUAAGUCAUAAUCAACUGGAUUACUGAAAUAUAGUAACUUUUCAAUUAUAUUCUUUUUUUUUUUUUUAAGUCAGUGACUCUUAAGAAUUGUGUAUAUCACAGUAUAGACACUACUACAGGCCCACCAUGAAACUGUGUUUACUAGACAUUUAAUUAUUAGUAGUGUAAUUUAUCACAGAAGCAGCAGACUGUUAUCUUUGGUAAUGCCAUGCAUGUGAUUAAAAAGAAAAAAAAAAACAAAAACAAAAAAACACUUCUUGUUAGUUCACUAAACUGCUAAAGUGAGGGAACUGAGAGGGAGGUUUUAUCAGGCUUUAAGGGUGACGGGAGCGUGGGCAGCGGUAGAGCAGUGGUGGUCCUGAUCUCCUAAAUUGAUCAGGGCGGUGCGCUGUGGAGCGUAGCGGCCAAGGUGACGGUCCCCUUCCCUCUAUCUGAGACGGACACUCCACAGAGAUAACCUUCUCAUUAGGGGAAGCAGUGAGGACAGGCCAGUUCAUUAACUAGUAAUAACAUCUGAGCUAAACUCACUGUAAGGGUUCAGGGAUCAAGAGCGGAAAGAUGAAACGGAGCAGGAAUAGAGAUACAGUGGCUUGCGAAAGUAUUCAUACCCAUUGAACUUUUCCUCAUUUUGUCUGCUUACAACCACAAUCUUUACCGUAUUGGUAACACUUUACUUGGAUGGUCCAUUUUAUGGCCUUGUUGAUGCUCAACUGACAUUCAACUAACACUGAAUUGAAUGUCCAUUCAAUUUAACUUAACCCUAUAUUGAAUGUAAAUGAUUCAAAUUAGAACCUAAACCUACACAUAACCCUAACCUUAACCCUUAAUCAACCAUAAAAUCGAACCCUACACCUAACCCUAACCUUAACCUUAACCUAAGCUCAAAAUCUAACCCUAAACCCAAUCCUAAAAUAUUAAGAUAAGCGUUUGGGUUAGAGUUGAAUGUAGGAUUAUAUUCAAUAGAGAAUCAUUUACUUUCACCUUUUAGUUUAUUUGCAUUUAAUAGACAUGUAGCUGAAUGUUAGUUGAAUGUCAGUUGAGCAUCAAAGAGGCCAUCAAAUGGACCAUCCUAGUAAAGUGUUACCAAUGUAUUUUAUUGAGAUUUUAAGUGAUAGACAAACACAAAGAAUUGCAUAAGUCUGAAGUGGAACAUAAAUUUUACAUGGUUUUCAAAAUCUUUAUCAAAUAAAAAUCUGAAAAGUGUGAAAAAAGUGUGCAAAAGUAUUCAGCCCCUUUAUAUCAAUACUUAGUAGAGUCACCAUUCCCUGCUGCCACUACAGCUGUAAGUGCUUAGGGGUUUGUCUCUACCAGCUUUGUGCAAUUAAUUAAUGAGAUUUAUGGUAAUGAGCAGUGUUACUUACCCUUCCCAUAUAGCACUUUUCAUUUUCUUUUAACAAUAGAUUUCUUCUUGACACUCUUCCAUAAAGGCCAUAUAUGAGGAGCGUAUGACUUGAUAUGUAUGAUGAUAGUUGUCCUGCAUAUAUGCAGAUUCUACCACCUGAGCUCUGGAUCUCUGCAGCUCCUCCAGAGUGACCAUGGACCUUUUGGCUGCUUCUCUCACCAGUGCUCUGCUUGCUUGAUCUGUCAGUUUGGGUAGACAGCCAUGUCUUGGUAGUUUGCUGAUAUAUUAUUUAUUUUUCUAUUUUUGGAUGAUGGAUUGAAGGACACUGCUUUAAAUUUCUCCACAACUUUAUCUAUGACCUGUCUGGUGAGUUCCUUGGUCUCUUUGAUGCUGUAUGUUCACUAGUGUUCUUUAACAAACAUCUGAGGCCCUUACAGAACAGGUGUUUAAAUUUAUACUGAGACUAAAUUACACACAGCUGGACUCUAUUAACUAAUUAAGUGACUUCUGAAGGCAGUUGAUUGCACUGGAUUUUAUUUAGGGGUUUUAGAGUAAAGGGGACUGAAUACUUUUUAACAUCACACUUUUCAGAUUUUUAUUUGAUUAAAAUAAAAAUGGUGCGAUACUUUGUGUGGGUCUAUCACUUAAAAUCUCAGUAAAAAAACGUUUAAUUUGUGGUUUUAAGAUGACAAAAUGUGGAAAGGUUCAAGGGGUAUGAAUACUUUUGCAAGCCACUGUAAAUUCUGAAAGCUUAGUCCAAUCAAUGAGCAGAAAGAGGGAGACAAAUAUAUCUGGUUGCCUUGGAUAUUGAUUAUGACUGUUAUCUCUCAUCACAGAGACUCUGAUUAGUAGAAAAUAUCCAUAUCUGCCUUUGAAGCUUUUUUGAAAGCCAGUCUAUAUAGGACCAUAAUGGCGUGUACUGUUGGUAGGAGAUUCCUAGUACCAGAAAUAUAGAAGCUGAUUUAUUAAGGAUUGAUUUUAAAAUAUUAACUCACACAAUCCUUGGUUUUACUUUUAGGGUUUUUAUAUAAUGUGCACAGAAGUCGCUGAGGUGAGUAGUAGUUGUGUUCUAGAGCUUGAGCUUGAAAAUUGAGUGAGAAACAGUGAAAUAAAAUAUGCCCAGAUCAUCAAAUCUAGGUCUUAAAAAUACAAUUUAAACUCAAGGAUUUUUAAGGGAACAUCUGAUGUAAUUAAUUGAUCAUUCUGGAUUAAUAAAACUGGAUUUACGGUCAAUAUUUGAAAAAUGUUACUGGACAGGGAAACAGAAAAAGGAUGAUGUUCUAAAAUGUGUGUAAAUAUAUAGAUAUAAAUAUACACAUUACAGCCUCAAGUAUUUCUCAUGUCUAGCACAUCUUAACAUUUGUACAAAAAUUACAAUAUAUUGUAAAAAGAAAAAAAAGGGUUAAAAAAAAGUUCUCGAUUCUUAGAAAGAUAAAGAUGAGCUGAAAUGAAGAACACUCCUGUGCCAAGAACUGAUAAACUGAUACCAUCUUCUUGAAGGCCAAGGCUUGUGAAAGCAAGUCUGAAAACAGCCAAGAUUAUAGAAUAAUAUAUACUGAGAAUAUAUAUGUGAAUAAUAUAUAUAUACAGCUCUGGAAAAAAUGAAGAGAGCACUUCAGUUUCUGAAUCAGUUUCUCUGAUUUUGCUAUUUAUAGGUUUAUGUUUGAGUAAAAUGAACAUUGUUGUUUUAUUCUAUAAACUACAGACAACAUUUCUCCUAAACUCCAAAUAAAAAUAUUGUCAUUUAGAGCGUUUAUUUGCAGAAAAUCAAUAUUUGGUGGAAUAACCCUGGUUUUUAAUCAGAGUUUUCAUGCAUCUUGGCAUCAUGUUCUCCUCCACCAGUCUUACACACUGCUUUUGGAGAACUUUAUGCUGCUUUACUCCUGGUGCAAAAAUUCAAGCAGUUCAGCUUAAAGGUUUGAGGGCUUGUGAUCAUCAAUCUUCCUCUUGAUUAUAUUCUAGAGGUUUUCAAUUAGGUAAAAUCAAAGAAACUCAUCAUUUUUAAGUGCUCUUUUAUUUUUUUUUAAGAGCUGUAUAUAUGUGUUUUGCCUCUAAUGUUCCUCAUAAACGCAAAAUGAGUGAUAAUCUGCAAAUUGGCUGGAUAAACAUAAACUACUUCCAAGUCCUAAAUUUUAGAUUACAUUUGGCCACGUCCAGCUUUAGAUAUUUUAAAACUUCCAAAACAUCAGUUUUAUUCUUAAUUUUAGCUUUUUUUGUUAAUUUUUCACACUUUUUUCAGGUCUUGAGUAUUUCUCACGAACGUAAAGGGGUAGGGUGUAAGUUCCCUUGAAACCGAGCGUCUUGAAACCUGUGAAAGUGUGUUGGUCUUGUUCUCUAGCUGUUGUCUUUUGAGUGGCUUAAACAAGCUGUGAGUCAGAGCUGUGAAAAAAAAGACUGUCCCCAGUACUACCUCCCUGAACAGGAAUGAAAAAUAAUAAUUCACUCUUUUAUUAAUAAAUCAUAAUCCCAUUAUCUGAGAACGAUAAGGAACGGCGUUAGACAAUGCUUUUCCUAUCUGAACCAAUUCUUUUUUUUUUUCUUUUUCUUUUAAAUGUACUUAAGCCCAGAAGGAAACCAUUAACUGUAAUCUACAUAUAUAAAUACAGUAUGUGUGUAUUUUAUUUGAUAAUUUCUUUUUUUUUUUUGAUUGAUUGACACAAACCUUUAUAGACCUCAAACCUCUUGAAAACAGAAAAGGUUUACUUAAAUCUGUGUAUGCAGCUUACUUCCCCGCCCCCCCUCCUCCUCCUGCUCCUCCCCUCCCCGUUCAUGUCUAGUACAUUUGGCUGACCUGACAGAAUCAGUCUUUCCUGUUCCUGUACAUGCAUACCUGUCAGACGUGAUUGCUGUGGGUGUGGACCUCGGAGACUUUGGCUGCUGGCAGCGAGUAAAUGAGAUGUUUUAUUGUUCUGUAUUGUUCCAAGACCAACGUGAUGAUGAUUACUCAGUAAAUGUAGCAAGUGCAUCAAGGUAACCCUGAAAAUAAUGAUCAUAAAAAAAGCAAACAAACAGCCCACGAAAAAAAAAAAAAAAAAAAAAAACGUGCUGAGCUCGGAGGUCAAAACGUCAUUAUUCCAGCUUCACAUUCAGGAAGGGACACAAGCGUAACUGAUGCAACUUUUUUAUUUUUUAUUAUUUUUUAUUUUUUAAACUAUUUGUAUUUUUUUGUUGUUUUAUCUUUUACAGAUUCAUUUAUCGAAAGAACGAAAGAAAACACAUGUUUACAUUGUACCUUGUAUUAUUUAAUCAUGUGACCUGUUUCCUGUGUCUUAUCUGAAAAUGAAAUGAAGGCAAUGAAGUUCAAGAAUAACAAAGAAUAGACAUUAUUCUCUGCUGUGGUAUAUAGACAAAAGAAGCAAAAUGCACUGAGAAAGAGAGAGAGAAAGAGAGAGAGAGAGAAAGAGAGAGCAGUAUAUUGUGAUGUGUAAAAGUAUUUAACAUAGUCCUCCUGAGUAGCGCUAUGUGUAGUGUGUGUGUAUAUAUAGACUCGAAAUGAAAAAAGUGAAAAAUGAAAAAACAAAACCCGAAAUAAACAGAUUUAUUUAUGAA